CACUACAACUGAUCUGGUCCUUGGACCAGUUGUCUUCCGUGAAACAGGUCCGUGGUGCAAAAGAAGGUUGGGGUCCGUGGAUUUAGCCCACGGUCGUGUGCGCGCGCUCUCUCUCGCGCGCGCAUUCGUGAUGGAUUUGCGCGCAGGUUUCAGUAGUACGGCGGCUCCGAGGGCUCAAUCUCGACGCGAUACUGUCGCGGUGCAGCAGAGCGCGCGCGCUGCACACGCUCUCACGUAGCGCGUGCUGCAUUCUCUCCACUUCAUUCCAGGGGCUGAAGAGCGACGGGCAUUUAAUAGCGGUUUUGGAACGUAACCAUUGCGACAAACGGGGGAUUACUAAGCAAUUAAAUGCACAUGCAUUAAUGUUCAUAAAGUCAGCAGAAGAGAACCUCAAGACAGCAUGGGCCCUGCUGACCCAGCUAAUAUCACCAGUGAUAUUCCCAAUGGGGAUGGAGAAUAUACCUUCUGGCACCAGAACAGCCUGGGCAACUACAGCGUGGAUUCUCAUAAACCUGUCUUUGUGGAUGACAUUACAAAGCACCUAAGUGUUCAAAUAGCACUUAUAGCAGCUUAUUCACUUAUAAUCAUCCUGGGACUGGUUGGUAAUACACUGGUUAUUUACAUGAUCAUUAUAUACAAAAACAUGCGCACCGUUACCAACUAUUUUAUUGCUAACCUUGCAUUAGCUGACCUCAUGGUAGACACCAUGUGUUUACCCUUCACACUGGCAUACACUCUGCUGGAUGAGUGGAAGUUUGGGGCAGUGAUGUGUCACAUGGUGCCUUAUGCCCAAGCUCUCAGUGUUCAUGUGUCUAUUUUGACACUCACCGUGAUCGCUCUGGAGCGUUAUAGGUGCAUUGUGUUUCAUAUGGGCCAGCGUCUUACCAGGUGUGCAAGUUUUAUUAUCAUCAGCCUGACUUGGGCAUUUGCAGCCAUUCUUGCUGGACCUUUAGCUAUUUUUAGGGAGUAUCGUUAUGAGGAGAUUGCCUACAUUAAUUUAAGGAUUGCAGUAUGCUCUGAGAAAUGGCCCCAUGGCACUAAUCGAGAUGCCAUCAUCUACAGCUUCUCCAUGCUUUUGCUGCAGUAUGUGCUUCCACUAGGCAUUAUCAGCUAUGCUUAUGUAUGCAUCUGGAUCAAACUGAAGAACCACGUCAGCCCGUCCAGCCGCAACGAUGGUAUCACUCGUCGGAAGAAAACUACCAAAAUGCUGGCAUUGGUGGUUGUAGUCUUUGCAGUAUGUUGGCUUCCGUUCCAUGCAUUUCAGUUGGCAAGUGAUCUUGACUUGGUUCUUAAGUUUAAAGAAUACAAGCUUAUUUAUACUUUGUUUCACAUCGUGGCUAUGUGCUCAACUUUCACCAAUCCUCUGCUAUAUGGAUGGAUGAACAAGAAUUACAGGAAUGGCUUCAUCAUGUUCUUCCGCUGUGAACACAAACCUGACACCAUCCAUCCUGAGGGUUCUUUCCGAACUCGAACCUUGAGAGGUUUGAUCUUGUACAGUAAUGGACAACCUGCCACUGCUGUCUGAACGUAGUCAGAACUGAUAGCACUUUUAAAGACUGAGCUUAGUUUGAACAAUAUAUAUGGGAUUUGAUUUUAAAGGUAUUCACAGCUUAUCAGAUGUAACUGUAAACAGUUUGCAUGCUGUAUACUGUAUAAACACUCACUUUUCAUGGUGGUAUUUUGUAUUCAGCAUCUGUCAGGUCUACCUGUGGUUUGUAAAACUGGUACAUGUUGUCAAGUGUUAAUCCAAAAAUGAAAGUAAUUCAGAAAUUAUUUUCUCAUGUCACUAAUAAAUUGAUUGUUUAUUUUAGCUUUACAGGUUGCCUACAUUCCAACAACCUCUUUCUGCAUAUAAAAGUGACAGUUGUAUUAUUAUUGCACUAAAACUAAGGAAAGCACAUUGUCCUGCACAACCCAUGCAGCUUUGAUCUCUGCUUACUGAAGAGAAAGUAAACAAUAAUGAACAAUAAUCCAAAUGAUGGAAAUAAAACAAAUGCCUUAUUGCA